CUCUCUCCCAGCGCCAAGCGCGCAUGCGCUCCCCCCCUGAGCCCUGCGCCCUUGUCUGCCAGAUCCCCAGCAGCACGCACUCUGCGCCCCGGACACACAGCAGCCACAGCCUGGAGGAGGGGGACGAGGCAGCAGCGACUCUCCGGCCAAUCACUCUGGAGGCGGCAGCAGCUUCGUCUGGGACAGAACCGCGGGCUCCGCACUGACAGCAGCACUCUGCAAACUUCUCCCGGCCGGCAGCGAAAGUUCCGUGUGCGCGGCGCAGCCGGAGAUCCCCCGUGCCCUGCGCCCACCUCCGCCUCUCUCCCCGUGUGACAGCCUUUGUCCCCCUGCCUCCCGCACCAUGCUCUGUAUGUCCCUCUCGCCGUGGCUGCUGCUGUGCACCGCAGCUCUCUGCAGCAUCCGCGUCUCGGCUGACAAGUCCAAAAGUUGCUCCGAGGUCCGGAAAGUUUACGUGUCUAAAGGAUUCAACCUGAACGAUGCUCCGGUCCAUGAGAUCAAUGGCGACCAUCUGAAGGUCUGCUCACAAGGGCACACGUGCUGCUCACAGGCCAUGGAAGAGAAGUACAGUCAACAAAGUAAACAUGACUUCAAGGCUGCUGUCACUGAACCAUGUAGUAAUAUGCAGAAUGUUUUUGGUUCCAGAUACAGCAAGUUUGAUGAAUUUUUUAAAGAACUUCUGAAAAAUGCUGAAAAAUCACUUAAUGACAUGUUUUUGAAGACUUAUGGACGGUUGUACAUGCAGAAUUCUGAACUUUUUAAAGAUUUCUUUGUGGAGCUAAAAAACUAUUACGUUGGUGGAAAUGUAAACCUAGAGGAGAUGUUGAAUGACUUCUGGGCACGGCUACUGGAGCGUAUGUUCCGAUUGCUGAAUCCGCAGUAUCAGUUCACCGAUGAGUACCUGGAGUGUGUCAGCAAGUACACGGACCAGCUGAAGCCAUUUGGAGAUGUACCACGUAAACUGAAGCUCCAAGUCACCCGUGCCUUUGUGGCAGCUCGCACCUUUGCACAAGGUCUAUCUGUGGCAAGAGAUGUAAUCAACAAGGUUUCCACGGUCAACCCCACACCUCAAUGUGUGCGAGCGAUGAUGAAGAUGACCUACUGUCCUUACUGUCGAGGAUUAGUCGCAGUAAAGCCUUGUAACAAUUACUGUCUGAACGUGAUGAGAGGCUGUCUGGCCAAUCCCGGGGACCUUGAUACUGAAUGGAACAACUUUAUAGAGGCCAUGUUAAUGGUAGCUGAAAGAUUAGAGGGUCCAUUCAAUAUUGAAACUGUCAUGGACCCAAUUGAUGUGAAAAUCUCAGACGCUAUCAUGAAUAUGCAGGAAAACAGCAUGCAGGUGUCAGAGAAGGUAUUUCAGGGAUGUGGACAGCCUAAGGCCCUUCCCCCUGGACGGGUUGCUCGCUCUGUGUCAGACAGUAACAUCAACCUUCGCUUUCGGGCCUAUAGUGAAGAAGAACGGCCAACAACUGCUGCUGGGACGAAUUUGGACAGACUGGUGUCUGAUGUGAAACAGAAAUUAAAGACUGCCAAAAAGUUUUGGUCUUCACUACCCAACAGCAUCUGUAAAAACAAUUGGACGUCCAGUGUUAAUGAGGAUGACUGCUGGAAUGGCAGCGACAACAGCAGGUAUUUGUAUGCAGUCAUGGGCAAUGGUCUAGCAAGUCAGAUUAAUAAUCCAGAUGUGCAAGUGGACAUCACAAAGCCAGACAUGGUCAUUCGCCGGCAAAUCAUGGCAUUGCGUGUUAUGGCAAACAAAGUGAGGAAUGCCUAUAAUGGAAAUGAUGUGAAUUUCAUCGACAUAAGUGAUGAGAACAGCGGAGAGGGUAGUGGUGGCAGUGGGGACUGUGAUCCACGAAAGUGUACUGAUGAUAUUGUCUUCAAAGCGACAGAAGGGACAAAAACAGGGGAGAUACAUCCAAAGAAUAAGGACAAUGAUAAAUCUGUGAAACUGCCCAGUACAGCUCGGAGCAAUACAGCUUCACUACUAGUCCUCGUUCCAUGUAUCAUGCUCUUGAUGUCAGUAUGUAUAGUGAACGCAGACAGUUUUUAACUAAGCCAAGUAUCAGAACCUUCUGUCAACAGCCAUCUACUACUUGUUAUAAAGAGUAGAAAGCAAGAAGUAUGGAUGGCCUGUGUUUUUAAAGGUAAUCAUUCAUACCUGUUCUAGUUCAAAUGCCAAUUAACAGAUCAUUAUCCUAUACAAUACUGGAAACCACAGAACUAAUAUUUGUUAGCCAUUUAAAGUUAAUACAUCUGAUGUAUGUAUAACAAUAAUGGCUGAAGUUUAGCUGACAGGCCAUUUAGAAAACCAAAUCCUUCUCUGCCUAAGUUUAUGAACCUUGAGAACUUAACUGUGAUCAUGAUGUGUUGUGUGAAAAAAAAUUUCCGCUGAAAUUGAUAUUAAGUUAGACAAGCCAAAACUUUUUUUUAGUUAUUUUACAUUUUAAUAGGCAAUAAAUUUAACAAAUUAUAAAUUCUGACUUCAAUUAUUAUAUAGUGAUCUGCCUUUUUUUUAACGGUUAAGAGGUCUCCAUAAUUGGGAGAUCAUUAACAGCUUUUAUAAUUUGAAGGUUCUAAAGUGUUGGAAAUUUGAGGGAGAAACUAUUUGGCCUCUGAUAUCUACGUCUGUUUAUGUUUAGUAUUUAUUUAAACUAUGAAGGAAAGAGUAAGUAGUUGUAUAAUAAUCUGUAUUAAAUUAGUUAUGAAAAAAAAUAAAUGGUAUAAAAGUCAUCCAGAAACUUAAUACAAACUCACUAGAACAAAACUUCACAAACUCUACUAACUGCAGACUCUCUUCCACUAUAUAUAGUAGUACACACUUACACUUGCCCAGCGAUAAUAUAGGUGUGUACAUUAUCUGAUAUGUUUUCCUUUGUUGCUUUAAUUUCUUUUGCUAUCAGGAGGUGGUGGACAGAGCAGACUUAAUAAGCCAGUAUGAUCUAAUUUUAUCAUGAUUAACUGGUCCUUCUGCCUUAAUGUAUUUUUGUUAAAUAAAUGUGCCUUUUGUAAUGUAGAAACAAAUUUGCUUUUUAGUGGCUGUCAUGCUAUAUAAGAACCUUUUUUUAUAAAGACAAGCCAUUUUUAUAUAUAUAUAUAUAAAUAUAUAUUAAACAUGUACAGAGCUUUGUGGGGCAUACAUAUUUGUGGUUUGCAAUAAAGCCAUACUGAUUACAAAUUUGCCUUUUUUUAUUAUAGCAUAUUAUUACCAAAAAAACCUUACAUCUGAACUUUUCGACACCUUUUUAAAAAAAUUUUUAUAUAUAUCCCACCCUCUCCCGGCCAAAAAUAAAUGCAAAUGUGAAUUGUAUUGGAUGCAUGAAUCCUAUGUCCCAUGUUUCCUUCCCCAUUUAUUUUUUAUUUUAUUUUCUAUGUGCACUAAAAAUGAAAAAAAAGUUGCAUUUCUGUGGUGCUUAAACACAGCAGUAUCAACUUUUUUCCAAAAUGUAUUUGCACAAAACGAAACCUAACACAGUUACUUAGUAACUAUAAAAUAAUUUAGUAAAGGAAGACUGUCUAUGCAGGGUUUUGUAAUUAGGUUUAUCGGUUUAUAUGUCCCAAGAAGCACAUGGGGUGUGUUAGUAAAACAGUGGUACUUGCUAAGUUAUAUAAAUGUGUAAGUAUAUUUGGGUCACACUAAUCUGGAAGCUUUAUUUGAAUAUUUUCUCUUAUUUCAUACAUAUUUGUGAUAAACUGGUUGGCUGCCAGCUCUAGUUAAGUCUAGGAACUUGAACCUUCAUUUUGUAGGUUAUAUUCCUUUAUUACCCCAUCCCCAAUAAACACAGGUGGAUGUUCUAAUGCAUUUAGUAAAUAAUCUAGCCGUUAAAUGGGCAAAGCAGGAACACAUUUAUAUAUUGUAUAUUUUUAUAUGCUCAUCAGUGCACAAACAACUGUACACAAAUCAGAAUAAUAAUAAAAAAAAGUUCCCUAGCUUUUGCUUUCUGUUAAUUUCAAGGUGUAUGAAACAGUUUAUUCUGCCUAAUUUUUUUAUUUAAUUUUUACACUUUUCACUUUUGCAUAUUAGUCCUUGGCCAAGCAACCUAACCAACUGAAUAUUUGUAAUGUUUUUUUUUUUUUGUGCUUAGUAUAUGUAGAGUCAUUACAUAUGUCAAAAAAAUUGUAAGUUGGGACAGAUGAAUGCAUAUCCCAUUUAUUUGGUCAUUUCAUUGUUUCAUUUGUGUAUUUUCAUUGGUUGUUCACUGUAUGCAUGUUGUACAAUGUUAAUGUUAUGAAGUUCCUGGCAUUAAACACCCAAGCAUUAUGCUCCACCAGACAGAAUUAAAUAAACAAACAGAAAUACA